AUGACAUCAGUCUACGAAAGUCUCCUAUCAGAUUAUCCGGAUAAAGGAGUAAUUGGAAAGCCAGAGAUCCGCGACACAGAAGCACAAAUAAUCGAUAAACUCAAAACGCUCACUGACCACUUCCGAAACGCAAAAACCACCGGGAAACCGAUUUUCGUACUGAUCGGCGCCGGCGUCAGUACCGGUUCGAAACUUCCAGAUUUUCGAGGAAAACAAGGUGUCUGGACACUGCAAGCCGAGGGAAAACAUGCGGAAGGCGUUGAUUUCCAGGUCGCCCGUCCCGGAGUGUCCCAUAAAUCGAUAUUGGCUCUUCACAAGGCGGGUUAUAUCAAGACGAUCAUCACACAAAAUGUCGAUGGAUUGGAUCGAAAAGUGGGAAUUCCGGUGGAGGAUUUGGUCGAAGUGCACGGAAAUCUGUUUCUCGAAGUUUGCCAGUCUUGUUUCAGAGAAUACGUGCGAGAUGAGAUCGUGAUGAGUGUCGGCCUCAACCCAACGGGUCGAAACUGCGAAGGAAACAGUAAAACAGGCCGCCCGUGUCGUGGAAAACUUCGCGACGCCACACUCGACUGGGACACUGAAAUCAGCGAAACUCAUCUGGAUAAAAUCAAGAAGGCGUGGAAACAGACGUCUCAUCUUCUUUGCGUCGGAACAUCACUUGAAAUCAUUCCGAUGGGAUCUCUUCCGUUGGAUGCGAAGACACGUGGCAUCAAGACGACCACCAUUAAUUAUCAGGAGACCGCUCAUGAGAAAAUGGUGGAGACGGCGAUUCAUGCGGAUGUGAAACUGGUUUUAUACUCAUUGUGCAAUGCUCUCGGAGUUGAAGUUGAUCUCGGCGAUGAUCUCCCAGAUGAUGUACCUGUACCAUUGAAAAUCUGA